AUUUUGUCGCCCACCCUUUUCUGCUAUAAAUCAGGCCCUUCCCCUUCCUCAAAAACCUCUUCCUCUUCUCUUUUCUUCCCUCCCUAAAGCUUUGUCUUAAUUGAUUUCCUUCUCUUGUUUUCUCCUCCUUUUUCUUGUUUCGUUUCUUGGGCAUAUUCUGCUCGUUUUUGUCCAAAAAUCUUUAGAUUUCUGGGCAGAUUCUGCCCGUUUUUGGGGCUGCUACUCUGCCGGAAAAUAGGCAGAAACUUUGUUCAAAAUCUUGUGAAAAAUACAUACAUACAUAUAUAUAUAUAUAUUGAUGCUGCAGAAAGUGUUGUUGAUGUUUGAGAUUGAUGUCUCCUGUACUCAGUGAAAUCCUCAGGUCCGGUUUUAUGAUCAAUUCUUCCCUCAGGCGCAGGACCCAUCUUGUUCAAUCUUUCUCUGUUGUCUUUCUCUACUGGUUCUACGUUUUCUCAUAAGUUAACUACCCUUCCAUCCAAACAACCCCCUAAUUACAUACAUAUCUAUAUAUAUAUAUAUAUAUCUAUAUAUAUUUUUGUGAUCUUGAAAACUUUUACUAUUUGAUCAAAGAAAUAAGCGUAAUUCAUACGAUCCGGUGACCCUUUUGGUGGAAACGCGCGAAAAUGGCUUCUUCCAGUGGGAACUCCUCCGGCUCGCCGCCGAUUCAGAACUCCGGUUCUGAGGAGGAUUUGAGGAACCUGAUGGAUCAGAGGAAGAGGAAGAGAAUGCAGUCGAACAGGGAGUCGGCGCGGCGGUCCAGGCUGAGGAAGCAGAAGCAUUUGGAUGAUCUGAUGGCUCAGGUGGCUCAACUGAAGAAGGAGAACGGCCAGAUUUUGAGCAGCAUGAACGUCACCACACAGCACUAUGUGAAUGUGGAGGCUGAGAACUCGGUGUUGAGGGCUCAGAUGAUGGAGCUAACGCAAAGACUCCAGUCCUUGAACGAGAUCUUGAAUUACAUCAACUCCUCCACCGCCGUGGGGGGCGGAAGCUGCAUGUUCGAGGCGGAGGAGUUUCAGCAUCAGGGAUUUGGUGAUAGUGUGUUGAACAACCCAUGGAAUAACAUGAUGGGGCUUACCCAACAUCCCAUCAUGGCCUCAGCUGAGCUGUUUGAUUACUGAUCAUCAUCAUCAUCAUCAUUGGGAUUCCGGGAUCAAGAUUUUCUUGGCAAAUUUGAUUGUAAUUUUUAUUAUUUAGUUCAAUUAGGAUCUGGGGUUAAAAGGAUUACUUAAUAUAUAAUUACAAUUAUAUUAUGGUUUCAAUGAUCAGAAGUAGAAAAUUAAUGAGGGGGAGAUGGGGUUCUUGGUGUGUAAAUGGGUCAGUAUUUAGUGGUGAUAAUAUCUCCCCCACUUGUAUCCUCAUGUCCUAAACUGCUUUAAUUACUCCUAAUUACUAUUUUUAUUUGAAUUUUCUACA